AUGUGGUGCUUGGUCUUAACGUGCGUGACUUUGGCUAGAAUGCAAAUUUUCGCUUAUAACAUCUGUAGAGGCAUUCUCGAGGACUCCUUGUUGUUACGGCAGUUGCGGGAAUCCCGAUUUGAUCUUGGUAUUUUCGAAAUGAUGCACAGCUGUCCUGCUGGUGUCAUGGAGUUGGUCGGCAUUCCGAAAACAAUGCUUGUCUCCGCUAUUGGCAUGGGAUAUCAUCACUACCGCCUUCUUGGGAUGGAAAAGCCGGCCAGUUUUGUACCUGCCACCUUCACAAUCUACGGAAGUCGAAUGACGUUUAUUGGGCGAUUGCACAAUAUAGCCUUCAACGCUCUUGGCUGGAUGUUUGCCAAUAUUUGCGAAUACUCCGAGCAGAGCUUGUUCGAUUCUAUGUUUCCGGGAUUUCCUCGUCUCCACAACCUGAUCCAGGAUAAAACCGACUACUUCCUGAUGAAUACUAAUGAGUUCACCGAAUCGACCCGUCCCACUCUGCUAUCUAUUGGUCACGUAGGGGGGUCUUCCAUUUCGACUCCUCGCCCCCUUAGUGAUGAAUUCGAACGAAUUGUUUCCAAAGGCAGUAGAGGAGCCAUUCUUUUUUCCCUGGGCUCAUUGGUGAAGUUUAGUGAUAUGCCCGUGACUGUUCGCAGAGCGUUUACCGAAGCAUUUCAAUUAUUCCCGGAGUAUGUGAUUUUGUGGAAGAGUGACGCAGUAACAAACUCCACAUAUUCGAACAUUUACUACCAUGAUUGGAUUCCACAAGCUAUCAACACCGUACUUGGAACUCAUGGAGAAAGCGCGUACACGCAGCGAGUUCGACAAGCAGCGCGACUUCUGAAGGGAAGUCCAGAGGAGAUGCGAAGAAAAAUCAAGAGAUUUGCACGGAUAUCCGGUUCGGAACCUCCGCUAAACCACUUGAAGCUUGACAUUGGUCAUCUUAAUAAUUUUCAGUACUAUAACAUAGACAUAUAUUUAUUCUUAUGUGUAAUGUUUUCUUUUUCAAUAUUUGCGUUUUACCAUUCCACUGUCUUGGUUUAUCGUUUCAUUUUGCCUUUGAAGAAGCGAAAAUGCGACUAG